AUGGCUGCUCUGGAUGUCAUCAUAAUCGGGGGAGGGCUUGCUGGAAGCUGUCUGGCCAAUGGGAUUCUUAACGAGGCAAAAGAUUAUGUGAAUGUCGCUAUCUAUGAGAGAGACGAGCGAGAUUCUGGCCGGGAUGGCUACCAGAUUCGCCUAGGCUCAUAUGCGCUUAUUGGACUUCGAGCAUGCCUGUCAGAACCCCAAUACACGGAUCUACUUCUUUGCUUCGGUCGAUCCGGAGGUGUUGUAUCUUCUGCACCAGCCAUUUUCGACACCAACAUGAAGCUUGUGUUAGAUCUUAGCAAGUUCCCAGUGUACCAGAAGUCGGCACCGAUUGGACGGGCUCGCCUGCGCAAUCUAUUGCAGGCACCGCUCUUGAAGCAGAACAUCAUACACCACGGCAAGACCUUUGUGAAGUACGAAGUCAUUAAGCUUGAAGAUGUGUCGCACGAGAAGAUCAGAGCUCAUUUCUCCGAUGGUUCGAAUGCGGAUUGUGACAUCCUGAUCUCGGCCGAAGGCAGCGGAAGUCGUAUCAACAAACAGCUCGGCUGCAACAACAUAGUCGAUCCCCCGAAGACGGAUACCGGUGGCGUCCUAGGGAAGUGCCACGUCUCACGGACUGUCCUCCACGAUCUGCCACGUGGAUUGGUGGAAAAAGGCACGAUAUAUACCGCGGGCCAAAGAUGCAAACUAUUUGCUGCCCUCUACCUUCCCGACAGCAUAAAAUUGCGCCAGCAGAAGUCUUCAAAUCAGUUAGAUUUAAGUGGAAAUGAACCAAGCGAAUACGACGAGGCACAGGCAUCGCUCAUGGUGGCCUUCAGUUGGGAUGGGGGCCUUUCUCCGCGCGAGGUUGUCAAGCUAGCCGACCCCAAAGGUUACAUGCGACAACAGAUGGUAGAAGCCAGGUGGCACCCGGAACUCAUGAAGCUUAUUGACGCGAUGGCGCUCAAUGCGCUUCAAGCCGUUCCCCUACGGCAAGCAAAGGACACGCCCGUGGAUUGGCGGCGGCGGACACGGGCAGACAAGGUGCAUGCAUCCGACCCAGAAACAGCCCAUCCGCGGGUUUGGCUCAUGGGUGAUUCAUUCCACCCAAUGCUCCCGACACGAGGCAUGGGUGCCAACAAUGCCUUACGUGAUACAGCCGACAUUCUGGAGCCUCUACUAGAACUGGCACGGCAGAAAAUGGCACGCGGUCAAGUCACAAACGAGGAAGCGCAAACUCAGUUGGCCAUAUAUGAGAAUGCCAUGAUUCCCCGAGCUAUGGCUUGGGUCAAGACAAGCGCUCAGCAAACUUUGCCAGACCUCAACACCACUAAAGGUAAAAUUGUUGCUCUCGGUGUUCGCCUACUGCUGGGAGUAGUAGGUGCAGUCGUGCAGGUCGCUCGAAGGUUGGGUUGGGAGCCUCAUGAUGACGCUCCUGAACUUCCUUAG